CGUGCCCACUUUGACCCCGAAUUGCCACUUUGACCGGAUGGGCUGCUUCUCCCACAUAGGUAAACGCAUGAAAGCACAAGCAAACCCUUUGGUUAUCUCAUCAGAAGGAUCAAGUGGUUACUACCCUGGUUGUACUGAUUUGGCUUAUCAGAGGGCCAUUUCAGGUGGUGUAGAUGUUCUUGACUGUCCUGUUCAAAUGUCAAAGGAUGGGAUACCAGUUUGCUUGGGCUCUAUUAACCUCUUAGAUAAGACAAAUGUUGCUGAGUCAAAUUUCAAAAACCUUAUAUUACAAAUUCCAGAACUUGAGGGAGUCACGGGAAUAUUUACUUUCAGUCUAACAUGGAGUGAGAUUCAGAGUUUGAAACGUAAGUUGAACCACUGGUUUCUUUUCUUCUUGUUGUGUGUGGAGAUUCUUCAGCCUAUUAAUUUAUUUGCCUUUCAGUAG